AUGAUGGACAGCAAGUUGUACGUAAAGAAUGAGCCGGGACUUGAGGGGCAAUCACUUGUAAACUCCCAGCAAAAUCAAUUGGGCGUGGAUGACAGUGGUGGAGGUUCAAGAGUAUGUUUUGUCUGCGGCUCGCUCGGUCACACCGAUUACUGGUUACGAGUAAAACCGGUGCCUGGAGGAGCGCCCAACGAACCAUUUUUUCCCUUUCUGGAGACACAUGAGCAACCAGCGGCUUAUCGCGGCGAGGGUGCACGAUCAGGUGUCGUCAGGUCCUGCAGCUUGUGCUACACGCUGUUGAUGCAGCAAUGGGAAAACUACGAGAGACAGAGCCAGCCCCACAGCCAGCGAAUCUACUGGAUGAAAAGGUGCGACGGUGGACCGUUCACCGGGGCAGAGAUGGCUCUGCAGGGUGAAUACGCGGCCCAAAUUCUGGGGCUGUCCAACGACCAGCCGCUUCCGGGCAGACAGGAAACCGGCAGCCGUCCAGCCGUAGGUAUGUCUCCGCGUUUGCCUCAAAAUUCGCCCUCGCCAAGAGUUGUCGAGCAAACGAGGCCGCCUUCGAACUCGAUAGAGCUGCCACGACCACACUCAAACACCGCCGAAACUGCCAGGCAUAUUGAACAAGUUAGACUAACUAUGGAGUCACCGCAUCAACGGCUCCAGUCACCGCACCAGCGGUUACAGAGUCCACGUCAACCGGUUGUUGAGCCAGAACCACGUGUUGUUUCAAAUGAAGCUGCAUUAGACCUCAGACACGCUCCGAGAAGUUCACCCGCGCCUCAACCCGCCAUGCCUCCAUCUCAACCUCAAGUAAUUUACAGCGGAGGUUCAACUUCGAGUACCGGCACAGAUAUCCUGGACCUGUCGAUGCCAGACAAAAAUUCAAUGACUGAAGUAUGUUACGUCUGCGGUGAUGAGUUCAAAAAAGGGUCUCUUAGUCACAUAGCAGCGAAGCCACUGCCAACGCCGCCACCACCGCAUCCUUCGAGCAGUCCUCCACCGUUUUUCCCCUCGUUGAUGCUGCACCCGCGACCGAGCAAAAGUCGGCCUAUGGACAGUGCUGGGCGUGUUCAGGCUUGCUCGGCAUGUCAAAGUCACCUGUUACUCCAGUGGAAAACGUAUACACGACAAGGUAUACCGCAUAACGAACGUAAUUACUCAUUGAGGAAACGUCAAGCUCCGACAGUAGACCCAACAACAUUUAUUUGUUAUACGUGUGCAUUGGAGUAUCCCUCGUCCAGUAUUAGACUAUUGUACUGCUGUCCGAAUCCGGAAAAAGAAGCGUACUUUCCGUUUAUUACGACGAUACGACCGCCACCAGGAGCUAGUCCUAUAAGUCCUCAGGGGAUGGUACAAGUUUGUUCCAUCUGUUAUAAAGCCAUACCCCAAAAACAGCAAGUUUUUGGUGGAGAAAAUAAUGAAACUCAACCGAUAAGUUCCCAACCGGGUACUGAUUUUCGUCAACAAGGGCCAUCUCCACGACCUGUUGUCGCAAAAUCCCCAGCAAAUUCAGCUGGUAGCGAUAUUCGAUUUAAACCAUAUGAUUUAAAUAAAACAACAAGUGUAGUGAGUAAUAAACCACGGAGUGCCAAUGUUAAAAUAGCAAGUUCUGCUCAGCGAAAUUCACCGAGCAAUGCACCAGCGGAAAAUGGUAAUGUAACAGUUGGACAAAAUUAUCGGUGCUAUAUUUGUGAACGACUGUAUCCUCGAAACCAAAUGGAGUGGCUAUCAACGAGUCCUGAAGGCAUGAAUUCUCAUGCUAUGCACUUUCCCUGUUUGAGAGGGAUGGCACGUACUUCUGAGAAUUCCUGUAUGGACAGUCAUGGUAGAGUUUUAGCCUGUAGUCACUGUGUCAAUCAUUUAGCACAGCAGUGGGAGUGCAUGGAUGCCGACCGCGUUCCUCUAGAGCAACGAAGAUAUGAUAUUCCUAGUCCACACCCAAAUGGCGAUGUUAAUCGUGCAAUAGCAACACCGCCAAGUUCAAAUUCAGAUCGCACAUUUAUCAGCAAUCCUGGUACAUCGAGCAGCUCGAUUUACUGUUUUUUCUGUGGUCUUCAUAGUGAUUUAACGUUAGCGCGUGUACUGUACAGUAGACCGCAAGGUCGUAAUGCACCUUUCUUUCCUGAAUUACUGCGCCAUCAGUCCCCAAAAAAUGCCGAGCAACUGCGUGAAGAUGGCUCGGCCCUCGUUUGUACUUUUUGUUAUCACACAUUAUUGGCGCAGUGGCGAAAAUACGAAUCACAGUCGACUGGCCAGCAGAUAAGUGCAUCUGACAGACAGUACAAUACCCACGAUUACUGGUGUUACGUUUGCGGUAUUACAACAUAUCGCAAGAGAGUAAGAGCAUUGCCUGUCAAGGACUUUCCAUUCCUAAGGUAUCAUCGUCAACCGGAAAAAAGUUUGCUGUUGGAGAACGGUGAUUUUGCUGUUGUAUGCUUAGAUUGCUACGAGACAUUAAGGACACAAAGUAUCGAGUACGAAAGGUGGGGCUUGCCUGUUGAAAAGAGAGAGUAUAAUUGGAUUGUACAACCUCCGCCUCCGGAAGAUAGUCCGGAUGCUGCUAUUGCUAGAUUGCCAUCUGGUGAACGUUCUGAAAAAGCGGUACCACCGUCAUUAACUAUUAAACCGGCCCGUAAAAAUUGCUCGCCGAAAGCACCAGAGAAAAAACCAACCGUAAAGUUACCAGAAAAAGAGCAGUCAGGCAAGUAA